AUGAGAAGGGUCCUGUCUGGCAGCGAGGCCCCGAUCAGGUGGGUUGUGCGUGAGGACAUGACCAUUCAGAUCAAAGAGGAGCAGACUGAGCCGCAGUGUGACCAAGCGCGACCCCGGGGCUGCCAGCCGCCUCAGCGCCACAGUCAAGAUGGGAGGCUUGACACUGAAGCCAAUCUCAAAGCAAAAGAGGUUACUGCAGGCGGAUCGUCAGAGAUCCCUGACGAGGAAGAAAAAAAGCCAUCUAGUAUCACUGUGACCUGCCCCUCCUCCCCUCCCCUCCACCGCUGCGUGGACUGCGGCAAGACCUUCCACCACUCGGGGGAUUUCAAACGCCACGCCCGGAGCCACACCGGCGAGGCGCCUUACCCAUGCCCCGACUGCGGCAAACGCUUCACCAGCUCCGGCAACCUGAAGACCCACCAGCUGGUCCACACGGGAGAGACGCCCUUUCAGUGCCCCGAGUGCGGGAGGAGCUUUGGCCUCCUGGGCAACCUGAAGACCCACCAGCGCAUCCACACGGGAGAGACGCCCUUUCAGUGCCCCGAGUGCGGGAGGCGCUUCCGGGAGUCCGGCAAGCUGAGCAUCCACCUGCGGAGUCACUCUGGGGAGGCUCCCUAUCGCUGCUCCGACUGCGGGAAGAGCUUCUCCCUGCUGGGGAACCUGAAGAUCCACCAGCGCCUCCACACUGGAGAGACGCCUUACCUGUGCACUGCCUGCGGGAAAACAUUCACCUACUCCUACCAGCUGAGAACGCACCCCUGCACAGUGUGAAAUCCACUCGCUCGCCAGCUGAGAACGCACCCCUGCACAGUGUGAAAUCCACUCGCUCGCCAGCUGAGAACACACCCCUGCACAGUGUGAAAUCCACUCGCUCGCCAGCUGAGAACGCACCCCUGCACAGUGUGAAAUCCACUCGCUCGCCAGCUGAGAACGCACCCCUGCACAGUGUGAAAUCCACUCGCUCGCCAGCUGAGAACGCACCCCUGCACAGUGUGAAAUCCACUCGCUCGCCAGCUGAGAACGCACCCCUGCACAGUGUGAAAUCCACUCGCU